CGGUGACGUACCGUCACUGCGGCGGAUGUUGAUGUUUUGUUUCAGAGAGCUGGCAGAACGAUGUGAACUGUAUCGUCUCCGGGACGGGUUGAUAUUUUUCGUGGUUGUCUUCACGGUUCUAUUUGUACUAUUUUUCUCGGUAAGGCUCGCUGUCCUUCGGCAUCGUGUCUGUCCCGGUGUCUGUCCCGGGAAGCGCGAGACCGAGUCGUGCGAUGAUGGAGGACUUUGAUGAGAUCUACGAAGAGGAGGAGGAGGAGGAAGAGGAGGACGAGGACAGGGCCGCGGAGGAGCAGCUCCUCAAGUACGCUCCGGACCCGGUGGUGGUGCGAGGGUCCGGCCACGUCACCGUCUUUGGGCUUAGUAACAAAUUUGAGUCAGAAUUUCCGUCAGCACUAACAGGAAAGGUGGCACCAGAGGAAUUCAAAGCCAGUAUCAACCGUGUAAACAGCUGCCUGAGGAAGACGCUGCCAGUGAACGUGCGGUGGCUCCUGUGUGGCUGCCUCUGCUGCUGUUGCACAUUGGGCUUCAGUUUGUGGCCAGUCAUCUGUCUCAGCAAGAGGACAAGACGAUCUCUAGAGAAACUUCUGGAGUGGGAGAACAGCAGACUUUACCACAAGUUGUGUUUGCAUUGGAUACUAAGCAAAAGGAAGUGUGAAACCAACAACAUGAUGGAAUAUGUAAUCUUAAUAGAGUUCUUACCUAAGAUCCCCAUCUUCAGACCAGACUAGCCCAAUUGCAGCUGAUCUUAAACCUCCACUGCUGCCCAGCUCUGAACCACAAUGGCUGUCAAGCUCCUGAAUGAAUACCCCAAUCUUUUUGUUUACAGGGUAGCAUUGAUCCUCGCUCUUUUCUCUUUAACCUGUUCUCCCACACAUACCUUCUCUUCACCCUUGUUUACAAACCCGACAUCCCAACACUCGUUUUUGGAGUGAAUUCACCAUUGAAUCACAACUACGAUCAUCGGGCGAGCUGGCACACUGUUAAGCCAUGCUAACCUGCACCAGCCUGUGGGAUGUUGGGAGAACCAGCCAUGGGCAGCGUUAAUGGAUUUUGGAUCUAGAGCUGGAGACCGGACUCUCAGAUCGAGUUCUCUGAGCUACGACUGGAAUUUUGUCACUUGUAUUUCCCCUAACCUAAGCACAUGGCACAGUCAGACCAUGAUAAAACAGACACUUUCACGUGUCACCUACUGUCACACCGCCAACUUCACCUGCAAAAAAUACACCCCAGUGCUUUUGUAACAGUUAGUGUGGUGCUCUAGAUCAUUACAAGAGGCUGUGGAGGCAACUUAACAUGGAACUCCAAAGGAACCUUUAUCCAAAUCAACUCCGUAGCGGACAAAUUAGUCUUACAGAAGCAUGUUGGGCCACAGCCAGAACAGCUGAACUCAAUAAUGUCCCUCUUCUCAUCAACUACCAAACACCCUCUCGCCUCCUUUGACAUAUCUGCACACUUCACUGUGCAUCACCCCAAACCCAGUGACAAUCACACACUCUGACUGUACUCUCCGUAGUGUGAAUGGGUCUUUAUGCUACACAGUUUACCUGAAACAUUUUGUUUUCAACAUUAUGUGUCAAGGUGAUGGGCUGGCUGCCUAGCAACUGCUUUUGAGUUGCAGUGGAAAGCUCGAUGGAAAGGAAAGCCACUAGUGAUGAAGAAGAGAGACCUUUUUUAUUUUUUUCUUCUUUUUUUAGUAUCUCAAGUUUUGGUGAAAGAGGCAAUCAAUACUUCACUGUUGUGUGUGUGUGUGUGUCUUUCUGAGAGAGAGAGAGAACUAUAAGCAAAUAAGCAAAUCAGACACAAAGAGAUACUCUUUACUCUGUAAAGCAGGGUUCUUCCUUUGAUGUAUUUUUUGCCAUAACCGAUCUUUGUUACUUUUGUUGUAAUUUAAUAUAAAUGCAUGAAUGCGCAUAGAAUCUGUGCAUUCGUGAAAGGGGCCUCAGUUGUUUUUUUGCAAAGGUAAGCCAUGGUUGCUUCCUUUUUGUCUUUAUGGUCAUGUGUCAACACUAAAACACACAAUCGCUUUGUCCUUAACACCUUCACUUGGCCUCUCUUCCAUAUCUGCUGACCUUGGCUAACUUAUAUGAGUGUUCAAGUUAACGAUGUGGCUUUUCUGAGAAAGUUCCUCUGCUUUAGAUAUAAUCUGACCCUUUACAUUCAGAGGUCUGGAGUGACCAAGAAUGUUGGGUCAUUUUUAUUAGGGGUUAGGUAAUAGGGUUCUGUAUCAUGAAGCAGGAUUACUAAAGUUAGCUUAAAACUAGACUACACCCACACCAGGAAUGUGGAUUUCAAGCUACACUAAUCAGUGUUUUUAUAUUAACAAUAAAAAAUGACUAAUGUGAAAGGGGUUACUUGUAAUGAUGUACCUACCUACAGAUAAUUUGGCAUCUUUCAGCUCAUUGUUUUGAUUUUCUGGCCUGCAGGAGCAGGCAGAUGUUUUCAGAGACAUUUCUGAUAAACACUAGCUGCUCGGCACCAAACGACACAGUGACUAGCUGAAGAUAUUUCCCUCAGGAGUUAAUGGAGACCGAUAAUGGAACUAAAAGGAGAAUGAAUCUUGGACUUACUUUUAUCAGGUGUCUGGAAACCUGACCCCAAUUGAAUGUUGCAGUUUGCUAACAAGUUGUUCAUUACUUCAGUUAGCUAGCUAUCUAACAAUCGUGCUUUGUUAUAAAGGCCUAAGACAAUUUUAAAACUGUCAACAUGUUAUAGAUCACAUCAUGAAGCACAUCUCAGUUUAAAUGAAACGUACAACCAAAUGCCAGCAAAAAGGGGAUGGUAUAGAUGUAGCUUUUCACUGUCAGCAUCACCUUUUGAUUUAUAAAAACAUCCAGAGACUGAGAUUCAACAAAGCCACUUUGUUUUAGGUCACACAGCUCCAGUGAUUAUGGGUCACACUCAGGGGAUUAUACUUACAACAACAAAAUGUAGUAUUGGAAAAUCUCACUGUCAGGUAUGUUCCAAAGUUAUACCAGGGGCUCAAGUAUUCUGCACAGAUUACACAUUACUUGAAUAAUUGGAGUAUGUUAUGAAAUUGAAAAAAUGCCUCUAAAGACAACUAACCUUUCUGUGGUCUUCCUGUUGAGUUAGUAAAGGAAGCACAUCUUCCAUGGACCCACAAAGCUCAGACAUCAUUUUGGUUUAUAUGUUAAAAGACCCAAAAUUCACUCGAUAACCACUGGGUUGCGUAUUGGUUCAUCAGUGACUUUUCUAUAUUUUUGAUUGUGGUCGGUUCUAUGUAAAUCAAGGCAUAAGGCCAUAUGCAGAUAUUUGUUGUGUGUGUGUGCACGGUGUAUGAAGAUGCAAAUGUUCUUCAUAGAUCUCAGACUGUGAUUGAACCCUGCACAGAAAUUGAGUCCUUUUUUUAUAUAAUCUUGAGUGGUCUGUGUGUUUGUGUGUAUGAGGGUGAGAAAGAUAUGUACAUAUGACUCAUGAGCAGGCGUGCAGAUGUACAGUAAUAAACUACCAAUAAACAAGGCUAUGGGCAUCCUCCUCUUUAA